AUGGACUCUGCAGCCCGCCAACAGCCUCAAGUCCAGCCUUGUAGAUACAAGGUUGGAAAGACACUGGGAGCUGGCUCAUACUCCGUCGUCAAAGAAUGUGUCCACAUAGACACUGGUCGUUACUAUGCUGCCAAGGUCAUCAACAAGCGGCUCAUGGCUGGUCGCGAACACAUGGUUCGCAACGAAAUCGCCGUGCUCAAGAAGGUCUCCAUGGGCCACCAAAAUAUCCUUACUCUUGUCGACUAUUUCGAGACCAUGAACAAUCUCUACCUUGUCACCGAUCUUGCACUAGGUGGUGAGCUUUUCGAUCGAAUCUGCCGAAAAGGCUCCUAUUUCGAGUCAGAUGCUGCCGAUUUGGUUCGCGCCACAUUGUCAGCUGUCGCUUACCUCCAUGACCAUGGUAUCGUCCAUCGCGACUUGAAGCCUGAAAAUCUACUCUUCCGAACCCCCGAGGACAACGCAGACUUGCUUAUUGCAGACUUUGGACUUUCACGAAUUAUGGAUGAGGAACAGUUCCACGUUCUGACUACGACCUGUGGUACUCCCGGAUACAUGGCUCCCGAGAUUUUCAAGAAGACAGGUCAUGGCAAGCCUGUAGAUCUCUGGGCUCUCGGUGUCAUCACCUACUUCUUGCUCUGCGGUUAUACCCCUUUCGAUCGCGACUCUGACUUUGAGGAGAUGCAGGCCAUUCUCAACGCAGAUUAUAGUUUCACACCUAUUGAAUACUGGCGCGGCGUUUCCAGCCACGCCAAGGACUUCAUCCAGCGCUGCCUGACUAUCGAUUCUACUAAACGUAUCACUGCCCAUGAGGCUCUCCAGCAUCCGUUCGUCGCCGGCUUUAUCAAUGCCGAGGGAGAGAGCCAGAACCUUCUGCCUAAUAUCAAGAAGAACUUCAACGCUCGCCGGACUCUACAUGCAGCCAUUGAUACUGUUCGUGCUAUCAAUAAGCUACGUGAGGCUCAAAGUGGGAUGAUGGAUGGAGCUCGUUCAAAGGAACCCAGCCGUGGCGCUGCGCGACAGCAGCCGCCUACCAACAAGAAGGGAGAUAGUGCCAUCUCAAUGGGCAGCAACCAACCUAAGGAUAGUGGAUAUGGAACCCAGACAGAGACGGACGUCGUUAUGGGCAACACAUCAGCAUCCAAUGUCCCCUCUUCAUUGCAGCCUGGAAACAGCGGAAAUAGGGUCAUCGAGACAUCCAAGGGACUUUGGAGUGCGCCUGCGCCAAAGAGGUAG